AUGAUGACAAUGGAAGGGAUGAUGGAUAGAGGGGUGUUGGAUGAUAUAAUAAGGAGGCUUUUGGAAGGCAAAGGGGGGAAACAGGUGCAGCUUUCGGAAGCUGAGAUCCGGCAGCUUUGCGUCAACGCCCGCCAAAUUUUACUCUCCCAGCCUAUGCUUCUUCAAGUCCGGGCCCCUGUCAGGAUCUGCGGUGACAUACAUGGACAGUAUCAAGACUUAUUGAGGCUUUUUGAAUAUGGUGGGUACCCUCCAUCCGCAAACUACCUCUUUCUAGGGGAUUAUGUUGAUAGAGGCAAGCAGAGUUUGGAAACCAUAUGUUUGCUAUUGGCCUACAAGAUAAGGUAUCCAGACCAAAUUUUCCUUUUGAGGGGAAACCAUGAAGAUGCUAAAAUCAACCGUAUUUAUGGAUUUUAUGAUGAAUGUAAGAGGAGAUUCAAUGUUCGACUGUGGAAGAUAUUCACCGACUGCUUUGAUUGUUUGCCUGUUGCUGCACUCAUAGAUGACAAGAUACUUUGCAUGCAUGGAGGGCUUUCCCCGGAACUAAAACAAUUGGAUCAGAUUAAAGAGAUUGAACGGCCCACUGGUAUUCCAGAUAAUGGACUCCUAUGUGAUUUGCUAUGGUCUGAUCCUGAUCCGAGGAUACAGGGUUGGUCUGAAAGCGAUAGAGGUGUUUCAUGUACUUUUGGACCAGAUGCAGUUGCUCAAUUUUUAGAGAAAAAUGACUUAGAUCUCAUUUGCCGAGGUCAUCAGGUAGUGGAGGAUGGAUAUGAAUUCUUUGCUAAGCGACGACUUGUAACAAUAUUUUCAGCGCCGAACUAUGGUGGAGAGUUUGAUAAUGCAGGUGCUCUUUUGAGUGUUGAUGAAUCAUUAGUGUGUUCUUUUGAGAUAUUAAAGCCUGCUGCAAGCACUUCAAAGUUGCCCCUAAAAAAGCCCCCAAAGAUUGGAAGCAUAUGA